CGGAUCUUCAUCAAGUUUCGUACGGGUGACAGUCGCGAUACAUAGUCCGUUCCAGUGCUACCAAGUUAAGGAGCCAUCUUAGAUUUCUUUUUAUUUCCAUACACGCUGCUAGGAAAAAAUUAUAUAUACAUUACAUGUAACGAGUAUGAUUUUAUUUUUCUACGCUCCUUCCUAGCAAUGAACGGCAAAUUCCCCUCGUAUAGUCCAAUGACAUCCACACUCUCAUCGUCGCCCGAUUUUUCUCCUACGCACGGUCACGGUCCUCGAGCUACGCCUUACCAGAUUAAAAUAAACGACGAUCCUGUGGAACUGUCCGUGCAGUCAACUACAAGAUCUGCAUUGACGCCGCUUCGAAAACACCACAAACUUCUUAAGGACGGCACUGGUAAUGAAGUAUGGCCCGAGUCGGUAGAACAGAUAUUUGUCGAUGGUCUUCGAGCGUACUACGCUUCUACAAUUUCACAGAAUCAUAUAGCAAGAACAUCAGAUGCCGCUAUCCCAGGUCGUUCUCGUUUACGCAAUGCCUUCCUUGUUCAACAUCUUGCCCAAUACGGGAUUGAGCGUUCCCGGAAACAAGUCGCGUCUCAUUUACAGGUACUCAAGAAUAUGUGGAGAGCCGAUGGGAAUUUUUCCAAUUACCGCCUUGUUUCAGGGUCCGACUCUUCGUCUGAGCAACAUUCCAACUCCCAAGGUUCAACCGAGCGUCACCCUUCACCAUCACUCUCGUACUUCUCCACCUCUUCUUCUAGCUCCUCGUCACACAGGCCAUCUCUCGGUAUGGCCUCGCCGGAGUCAUGGUCUAGACUGGUGACAUCUCCUUAUUCUUCCCCGGUUCUACCUACGCAAUCUACGCAAAGGCGGAACUUGCCGAAGGUAGAUGAGAUGUCCGAAGUCGUAAAUCGAGGAAUAUCAAUGUCCACAGCACCUAAUUAUCCCGAACAGACGCCACGUACGACGAUUAUUCAUCGUCAGGAACCACCUAACUGUACACAACAGCUCGAACACUGUGAACCACAGCUCGAUAGCUUGAUAGGUUCAAUGCAAAGUACAUUUACUUCAAUUGCUGGUAUCGAACAAGCGCUAGCAGAGGAAACUACCGCUUUCGUAUCAGAUCACAAAGCACAAAACCGCCAACGGCAUCAGCUUCAUAAAUCAGUGUCCGUUCCAUUAUCCUCGGAUUACCACUCCCCGGCAACGACCAUCGUCACCUCAGAAAAACCUCUUGCAGCACCUAUUACCCCAACAAAGUUGUAUCUCUUCACAGAUGCGAUGCUUCCUCUCAUCGUAAAUCUUGACAAGCUUCCCGGGGAUGGAGUUGCAUAUUUAUGCUUACAGUUGGACGUUCCUAAGCCUCAGGCCAUCUCGUCACUUGCAAAAAAAUCAUUGUCUGGCUUCGGUGUUCAGCUCGAGGCCACCUGUCCAGUGACUCGCUCACCAUUUACAAAUUACAAAUGCAUCACUCAAGUAUGGGGUGUGAGCUCUGAUCUCAAUUAUUCUGCCCGGACAAUUGGUUUCCCGGGAACCAAGCAGGAACCGCUUGCCGCCAGCCCUUACAUGCUGCGUCGAGAGGUUUUAGUCGCUCAGACACCUCAUAAAAUUUCAGAGGAUCAAGUUCCAAUGUCUUGCCUUGCAAGACAGGAAGCCGUGGUUACUUUGUCGGAGCAAGCACUAUCAAGGUCAUCCAAUCGACGGCUGAUGAUGCUUUACUUCCCGGAAAGUGCGCUGUCUUCAUGCCAGCUGCUCGAGCAAGGAGCAAUGAUGAUACAUCAAGAAUUAAGUUUCAGUGGUCAGACUUUCCUCCGUAUGACAUAUAAUCUCAAUCGACAGGAGCAGCUUCCAGCUGCAAAGUUAUUGUGGUGGGAGCGUCUCCCUACUGUACACCCGGUUAUUUCCCCCAAUUCCCUUAAUCGAUCCACUCCCUCGCAAUGGCUAAAUGAGCCACAUAUACAGCUGCAUGCUGAGUGCUCAGAGCCUCAUUGCUCGAUGGAGGAUACAUAUUCCCCUCCUCAAUCUUUCGUUCCCUACCUAUGAAUUAAUAUUAGCAUUCCUCCCGCCAUCACUGAGCCGCAUUGUUCACCUCGAUAAAUUGCAGUUUCAGAACAACGGGUUCCUAAACACAAGGACUCUUCUCCACUAAGGUUUUACUUCAAGGACUGGAUAUUCUGACUUUCCGAAACUCUUUGAACAUCUAUGUAUCAACUUCAAAAGUAUCUUCGAAGAAUGAACCUUAUUGCUACUUUAGAACUUACCUCAUAAUCAACGGAAAUUUCUCAACUUUGCACAGUACCUAUUUUUUUUUGUAUAUCUUGUUGCUAGAUAUACCUGUGUCCUUCCAAAUUGUGUCACUCAAUGUUUGACCUCAGAGUCAAAUAAAGCACUGGUCAAA